CCCUGAUUGGCGGAUCCGCCCCCGCCCGCCCGCGGCGGGACGGAGCCUCGCCGAGCGCCCGGGGCUGCCAUGGGCGAGGAGGCGGCGCAGCCCCGGCGGCCCGGGAUCGGCGUGGGGGUGGUGGUCACCAGCGCCGCGCACCCCAACUGUGUCCUCCUGGGCAAGCGGAAAGGCGCGCUGGGCGCCGGCACCUACCAGCUCCCCGGAGGCCACCUGGAGUUCGGGGAGAGCCUGGCGGAGUGCGCGGCGCGGGAGACGCUGGAGGAGGCGGCGCUGCCGCUGCGCCACGUGCGGUUCGCGUCGGCCGUGAACGCGGUGUGCGCGUCCCAGCGCUACCACUAUGUCACCGUGCUCAUGAAGGGCGAGGCCGAGGCGGGCGCCGAGCCGCGCAACCAGGAGCCCGACAAGAACGAGGGCUGGGAAUGGGUCAAAUGGGAUGAAUUUCCUCCAGCAGAUCAACUGUUCUGGGCCUUACGCUGUUUAAGAGAGCAAGGUUACAAUCCCUUUACUGAAGAGCUGCAUCAUCUAAAGGGGUACACAGGAAGUCACCAAUUAGAGUAAAAACAAAUUGUAUGUUAUAAAAAACUAAAGGACAGACCUGCUUUUUUUGGUGUAGAAGAAAAAAAGAUUUAAAGUGCUCACCCUGCCCAUGUGAAAAUAUUACCUUUACCAAAGAAGAAAAUACGAAAUGUUUCAGUGCUUUUACCAUAUUUCCAAUGACGGUUGUCUCAUUUCAGAUCCACUUCCACGUCUAGUUAACAAUUAAUGCUUGCUUUUACAGAAAACUCAGUGUUUUAUCUAGUUAAUCUUUAUAUUGAUGAACAGCCAUUUGGAAGUCAGAACUAGCCAGGGAAGCUUACUCACUUAGAAGCAGUUGCAGCAAGAAAACUUACUUGUUUAAACCUGCUUUCCUGUAAUUAUUGGACCGAUUUUAAAACUUAGCUUUGUCUCUUAGCUUCAGUUAUGAAGCUACUGCCAUGAACAAAAGUUACAUUUAAUAGACAGUGUCUUUUUCUCCUGCAGACAGCAGUAUAUACUUGAAAAUCAAAGGAGUAUUAUAAAUGUGAAAAAAUUGUCGUGACUUAUUGCAGGGAAUGAAAAUUCCCUGACCCUUCUUGCCACUUGCUUUCACAAGAGAAUGCUGUUUAGAGCCUCAGUUACAUUGAAUUUAUCUGCAGAAAUGUCUCAGAUCUCUGCAGUUGAUCUAAAUUUAUGUUAUUGAGCUCUUAAAAUGGAGAGGUGCCUACUCUACUAGGCUGACACAAAUCUCAUUUUUAGAUGUAGCUCCACGGCAAAGUCAUACUUUGUGGCUAAAGAGUUGUCAAUAUUAAACAGCACAGAUGGGUGUAAUUCUGUAUGGCUACUGAGAUUUGGUAAAAUUGUAAAUUUUGACUGAUUAAAUGACUGAGUUGUUAGUGGAUGAAACUACAGUACCCAACAAUACAUACAAAACCAAGGAGUUCAUUUUUUUUUCUAGAAUCUGUAACCAAUCUUGAUUAUUUUCUAACUGUAAGUCACUAAGAUACCAGCAAUUAAUUUUAGGAUAUAACUUUUAAAGAAAUCCCUAAUUCGCUCAUUUUUUUCUUGCCAGGGUUCUUUUAAAGCACAGCUCUUGUCUAUUUCCUUUAGAUAUACUCAUUGUACAAAAAUGUUGUAAGAUACCUUUAAUUUCUUUUGAACAAAACACAGGCACAAUACUGAGAGAUUAAAAUUGCCUGAAAUUAUGAAUUGAUUUCUCAGUUCUUAAGAGAAAUCAGCUUGAGGGGUUUAAAGCUCUUCCUCACUUUGUACACCCAUUUUUUUAAACAGAGAUGGCUCUUCUUGCUGAGAAGCAGACAGUGAUGAGGCGUCAGGAUGCUACUGCCCAUGGCAGUCCUGUUAGAGUUUGAAGUAUUAAUUACAUGCAACUUCCCUUAGGACAGGUACCCAUUCUCUGAAGUGAGGAAAGAUGUUACACGGCAGUUUUGAAAUGGGAAAUAUCACUGAAAAGUCCUUUGCUACUGUACCUUUGUAAAAAGCUUAUUUUUCUAUUCAAAAGUGGAGAUUAGCUUCCUGAAAGCAACCUUAUGUACACUAAAAAAUUAUUCCAUUCAGCUGUCAACAAAGAAGCUGUAGGAACAGUUGACAGAUGUCCUGCCCAUCUGUCACAAAGAAUAAUGAAGAAAAAAAAAUUAAAAUAUUUAGUACAAUUUUUAAUUUUAGAAGGCAUCUAGCUUCUGAUGAGAAAACAGGAGCCACUGCAAAAUGGUUUGUCAUGCAAUAAAUACUUUCUUAGCA